GCAAUUAAUAUCAACGACUGAAAUGGCAACUCGGUCUUCUUUCGCUUCCCGAGGUGCUUUAGAGACACGUAGUCGAGCUAAAGAUGAUAUCCGACGUGUUAUGCAAGCUGUUGACAAAGUCAGGCGCUGGGAAAAAAAAUGGGUGAAAGUUGGUCCGCCAACGUGUUCGCUUAAAGUGUUUAAGUGGGUGCCAGUCACUGACAGUCACCAGCAAAUGGAUGUAAAAGCGACUGAACCUAAAAGACCAGUGCUUGCUCGUUUACAUCAGCAAGUAGUUUCAGUAGAAACUACUGCUUUAGUGGUUUCACCUCAUGUUUCAGUGGCUUCAACAGUAAAUGUAUCACCAUCUCAUUUGCAACAGCAACAAUCCCACAGACCAACGGCUUUGUUGCAGCUUAGUCUGCAACAAUCACAACCACCAAUGACGGUUGCUUCCACUCCACAGCAACCAUCUCCACUUUUAAGCCCAUCUCUUGGUCGUCUUGGCAGCAUUCACCCACCCAGUUUACCCAGUCCACUUCGUAGUCCGGGAAGAAGUCCUGUUAAGCAUGUCACUCUACCAGCUGGUGCAACCACGACUCCUCUUGGAAUUCCUAAAUCAGGCAAACAAGACGGUAUGGAAACUGUGUUUUUUCCAGAAAGCCAAUCUCUUCCUUCUCCUAAUCGCACAAUGGAAGAAGUCACAGAACCCGAGAUUAAUGCUGAUACAGAACAUUUACCUCUGUCUUCACAAAGUGAAGUAGCUGUUCAAGAAGCACAAAGUGAACUAGAGACUGUAAGUGCUAAAAAUCAACUACAGUCCAAUUCUGAGCACCCAGAGCUACAAGUAAUAGAGAAGCUUCCGGUAAGUCCUGUGGGAAGCAGUAGUGAGAGUGACAGUGGUAGCAGCAGUGCAAGUGGCUCGGACAGUGACGAUGAACAAGAACAAGAAGUGCUUUCCUAUGAGCCAGAAGAAGAAAGCAAUUUAACUCCUGGUAAUACAAGAAACUCAACACCUUUUCAAAUUGAUCAGUUUGUUGAACCUGGUGAAGAUGCCAGUUUGGAGAAUUCACUCACUUUUGGAUUGUUGCCAUCUGAUGAUGUUGAUGGCUUGGAGGCCCCAGUUCAAAUUUUAGGAGAACUUGAUAUGGAGUCAUUUGUUGGAGAUACAGGCAGUGAUGCACAAGUUACAGAUCCUCUUCAAUUACUGGAGGAAGAUUCAAACAUGCAGAUGGCUCCGACAACUGAUUUAAGUUGUCUGGAAGAGACAACUGGAGAACCACAAGAUGAUCUUCCAGAGUCUGAAGUGCCCACAAUUAAUGAUUCUGUUAACGCUGAAAAUUCAGGACUGCCAAGUGGUGCUUUAGGCAUUCUUCCUGCUGAAGAGGCAACAGAUGCAACCAGACAUGGACGUUCUUCCUCCCGAUUGCCUGAAACAGAAUGGCUUGGAUCACGGGACAGAUCAAGAUCAAGAUCAAGAUCACCACUAAGAGAGCAAACAUUGUUGUAAAUUAAUUGUUAUUAUUAAGUGGUCUGGGAGCAGCCUGUUGUCAUUAAAUAUUGAGCUAGAGUUUAUUGCAGAGUACAGUAAUAAGUGCUGGAACGUGUCAUGCUGAAUUCACAGGUGGUCGUAGUGAGAAGCAUGUUAAUUUAAAA